AUGGAAUUCUCCCAGAUGGUCACUCAGGCAGUUUGGCAUAAGGACUCAUAUCUGAGACAGUUGCCUCACUUUACUCAAGAGCGAAUAGAGCGUGCUAAAACAGAGGCUAAUGUUGAAACGGUUUUUGAUAUGAUGGAGCUGGACGAUGAUAAGCGCAAUUUGCUUCUCUCUGGUCUUUCGCAUGCUCAGAUGGCAGAUGUUGCUCGAUUCUGUAAUCGAUAUCCCAACAUUGAAUUAACGUAUGAAGUAGUGACUUUGUCUGGGGAACAGAGCGCUAUAAAGCAUCCAAUGAAAGUGUAA